AUGAAGGGGCGCUCGUCCGGUUCGGCCGAUGAUGGUGCUGAAUCCUCUCUCGAGUCCGACAACGAUCCCGCUGGUCGCCCAUCUCUUUCUGUCUCCCGUUCGGAAUCAUCCUCGCAAACAAGAAGCCGAAUCUCUACCAGUACCAACCCGGGCUCAAGGCAGGGCGCUGCGCUUGUCGGCAAUGGUUUUGCGUCAAAAACUGGCCCGCCGGUAACCAAGGGUGCCUCCUUGCCGUCAAGAGCCUCCAUGGCAGUUUCAACACCCCCGUCAGCUGGCAUUGGCAUGCCGAAGAUAUCCGAUUCCACGGACCCCCCAAGAUCAAGACGCAGUUUUUACUCGAUAUCAUUCUUGUCGCUCUUUAUCUCAUUCCUGGGGAUAUGCCUUCUUCUAGCUCUUCUCAAUUCUCUGGUUACUCGUCAUGUUGACCCCAAGGGUUGCCGAAUGUCUUAUAUGCGGCCCUCCUAUGUCCCUCUGACAGAUUUUGAUACCGAGCAUACACGAUUCGCAACUAAAUACUCACUCUACCUAUACCGCGAACAGGGCGUGGAUGAUGAAUCUAGGCUUCACGGAAUCCCCGUUCUCUUCAUCCCUGGCAAUGCUGGAAGUUACAAGCAGGUGCGCCCUAUUGCGGCCGAAGCAGCAUCAUACUUUUACAACCAUCUCCAAUACGAUGGCUCAAAGCUUGCGAGCGGUACUCGGAAUCUCGACUUCUUCACCGUGGACUUCAAUGAGGACAUCACCGCCUUCCACGGCCAGACCCUUCUCGACCAGGCAGAGUAUCUUAAUGAGGCUGUCAGGUUCAUCCUUUCGCUCUACUCCGAUCCCCAACGCACCUCACGCGACUCUGCUCUUCCUGAUCCCACCUCUGUUAUUAUUCUCGGCCACUCGAUGGGCGGUGUUGUUGCUCGCGCAAUGCUGGUUCAGCCCAAUUACCAGUCAAACUCGAUCAACACCAUCGUUACCAUGUCUGCACCCCAUGCUCGUCCUCCUGUCACCUUUGAUGGACAAAUUGUCCAAAUUUACGAUGAGAUUAAUGCAUAUUGGAGACACGCCUACACGCAGAAGUGGGCCAACAACAACCCUCUUUGGCAUGUAACUCUUGUUUCGAUUGCUGGAGGCAACCUUGACACUAUUGUGCCAUCUGAUUAUGCAAGCCUUGAAUCGUUAGUCCCAGAAACUCAUGGUUUUACCGUGUUUACUACGGGCAUCCCUACUGUGUGGACGAGCAUGGAUCAUCAAGCUAUUCUUUGGUGUGACCAGUUUAGAAAAGUGGUUGCGCGCGCCUUGUUUGAUGUCGUUGAUGUCCAUCGCGCCUCGCAGACAAAGCCCCGAGCUGAUCGUAUGAGGGCAUUAAAAAAACGGUUUCUCACCGGAUUAGAAGCCACAUCCGAGAAGCCUGCCCUGAUGCAGGAGGCCACUACACUGUUGACGAUAGAUGACGCUUCUACGGGCGUGGUUCAUGCUGGAGAGCGACUUGUAUUGCCACUUGUGGGCUCUGCUCCCAAGCCAAAGGCUUAUCUUCUCGCAAUUCCUCCUCGAGGAACACCCAAGUCCAAGCGAUUUUCGUUUCUGACCGAUGCCCGCCUCUCAGAAACUAGCGACAACAGCCAGGUCGAAGUUUUACUCUGCAACAUCUUUCCACUUCAAAGCAAUCAGCCAGGCCCUCCCUCUUCGGCUGCUAUCGACCUUUCAGAGGGGAAGACUCAAGUCACACGCCUGGCAUGCAAAAAUGCGGGUCAUGAUGCGACACUACUCCCCGCAUCGACCCUCUCAUCUGUCCUCCCCUUCCCAACCGGCCAAGAAUCAGACAUCCAAUCCUUUUCAUAUCUUCAGUAUGAUCUGGAACACCUCUCAGAGCAUGAGUUCGUUGCCGUUGUGGACAAGUCACUGUCAAAGAAGCCUUCUUUCAUAAUUGCCGAGUUUAGUGACGUGAUCGACUAUCACCAGAAUCAGGACAUCAGCCUUGCAAGACUGCUCAUGUUCGGGUUGUCGACAACACUGCCGGCUGACCGGCCUAUGGUUUCCGAGGUCAAAGUUCCUAGUAUUGCAUCAAGCCUACUAGUGUACGACUUAACCGUAUCCGGUGGACGAUGCGGCAAUGGAAACUCGCGUCAGGCUCUUUUUGCGCCAUUGAUGCGUCAAUACCUGAACAGGCCGUUUGAGUCAAGAUUCUUCGUUAAUAUUCAGAAUGCCAGUGUUAGUCUCCACGGAGUGGCGCCUUAUCUUCCCCCCUCCCUUGACUCAAAAUCUGCCGAUGGUGUUGGCUUUCAAUUCUGGACCGACCCAACAUGUGACUCGCCUCUGAACAUAUCCAUUCAAGUGGACGUUUUGACUAGUCUUGGGAAGCUCUAUAUGCGUUAUCGAACCGUCUUUGCUGCCUUCCCGCUUUUAAUUGUCACGCUUGUUCUUCGCAAACAAUUUCAUGUUUACGAUCGCACUGGAGUCUUUGUGUCUUUCAUUGAGGCACUUGAACUCUCACUCCGACGCUCCAUACCUUUGAUGCUACUCUCGUUGACUUUAUUGUCAAUGGCGAUAGGCGGAGCAGCAACCGCGGAUGAUUCGCUAUUGGGAAACAGGAAAGCUACAUUCAAGUUUCCCGGUCUGGACUUUCACCGAAACGAUCUUCUAAUCGGAACGGAUGAUCCUUUUUUUUGGUAUCUCACUCCGCUGAUUGGCAUCAUUUGCACUGGUGUUUGCGUUGGCGUUCACUAUAGCGCUCUGCUAUUGACAUCCUUUCUAUCCUUGUUAUAUGGUUUAGUGAGAUGCUCUCCCAUGUCUAGUACCGUAGGAAGUGAGCACCGCCGAGCGCGCUCGCCAGCUUUUCCUCCAUCGACCCCUCGCAGAAGGAUGAUUACGACCGCUGCUCUCUUAUUCCUGGUUUCGAUUUUCAUCCCUUAUCAAUUCGCAUAUCUCGUCUCGUGUUUGGUUCAGCUCUUCACUGUUGUACGAGCUCUCCGGACGACCGGUAUAGAUUCGUUAGGCGCGAGUGAGAACGCCUAUAAUUACGCACAUUCCAUCUUCUUGCUUAUGCUCUGGGUUCUGCCCAUAAAUAUCCCGAUUCUAGCAGUUUGGAUUCGGAAUCUGGCCGUUCACUGGCUUACGCCUUUCUCUUCUCAUCAUAAUGUUUUGUCAAUCAUGCCUUUCAUUCUUCUCGUUGAAAAUCUGACAACUGGUAGAAUGGUACCACAACUCAGAAGCGGACUACGUCAUGUUACGAGCGUGUUGCUGUUUGGAACUGCUCUCUGUGCUGCUAUAUAUGGCGUCUCGCAUGCCUACAUGCUCCAUUACUUGGUCAAUAUUAUCGCAGCCUGGCUUGCCAUCGUCCACUCCACUGCGGACUCGUGGUCUCUUACCUUUCUUGGCUCCUUGUUUAAUGCCAACGGACCCGAGGCUCGAAAAGGGAGAAAGUCGCCCUAG